AAGUAGAAUAUCUUUUCAACAAGUUGCGUAGCGUAGCGUGCUGCGGCGCCAUUUGCCGACCUUCCGAAGAUUGGCCAUAGCUUACAGCAGGAGCACUUGUCUCUCAGUCUGCUACGGUGACAUGAAGACCACAAUCCCUCUUCUGACGCCGUACAAGAUGGGCCUGUUUGACCUGUCGCACAGGGUCGUGCUGGCGCCGCUCACGCGGCAGCGCGCCUACGGCGGUGUCCCGCAGCCGCACGCCGCCGUCUACUACGCCCAGCGCGCAAGUCCCGGCGGGUUCCUCAUCUCGGAGGGAACCCGGAUCGCCGCUGGCUCGCCUGCUGCGGCGGCGCGGGAGGAGCAGGAACCGUCUUCUUCCUUCAACGACGUGCCCGGCAUCUGGGCGCAGGAGCACGUGGAGGCGUGGAGGCCCGUGGUGGACGCCGUGCAUGCCAAGGGCGCCGUCUUCUUCUGCCAGCUCUGGCACGUAGCGUGCGACGUCGUCCGGCAAAGGCCGCAGCAGGUGAGCCCGCAGAUGAGCUUCGACGGCCGCCGCGAGGAGCUUUCGUCGCCGAGAAGGGUUGCCGCGGAGGACGCGCCAGGCGUCGUGGAUGGGUUCCGACGAGCCGCCCGGAACGCCAUCGACGCUGGCUUCGACGGUGUCGAGAUCCUCGGCGCCAACGGCUACUUCGUAGACAACGAAGGCCAAGGAGUCAACAGCCUGGAGAGCCGGUGCCGGUUCGCGCUGGAGGUGGUGGAUGCCGUGGCGCGGGAGGUGGGCGGCCACCACGUGGGCGUGCGGCUGGACCAGUUUGACGCCACCGCCGACGAGCACGCGCUGGCGCUCCACGUGGUGAGCCGGCUCAGCGACCGCGGCGUGCUCUACUGCCACAUGAUCGAGCCGAGGGUGGACGGGCGCCGGCGCGUGUCCCGGCGGCUGCUGCCCUUCAGGGAGGCGUUCGGGGGCACGUUCAUCGCCAGCGGCGGGUACGGGCGGGAGGAGGGCGACGCGGCGGUCGGCGAGGGGUACGCCGACCUGGUGGCCUACGGGCGGCUGUUCCUGGCGAACCCGGACCUGCCGAGGCGGUUCGAGCUGGGCGCGCCGCUCAACGAGUGCGACGCGGCCACCUUCUAUGGCGCCGGCGCCGGUGCCGCCGAUCAUACCGUCGGGUACACUGAUUACCCGUUCUUGGACUGAUCGAGCUCAUUCUUGCGGUCACCAUUGGGGAUCGAGCUUGAAUGUUGUAUAUAUAUAUAUGCACAUGCAUCGACGAAAGUUCCUUAAUUUCCCCGCCGAAA